CCCCCACCCUCCAACUCCCCGCCCCUCCCCCACAGGGGUGGAGUUGGAGCAUCUCAUCUGUCAGUCCUGUCAGAGCUGCUGUGAGUUCGGUUCCGAGCGCAUCCUGAGCGUAACCAUCUUUCCCAGGACUGAGGGUCUGGUGUUCACAUCCCUUUCCUGAGCUGCCCACAGAGAAAUGGCACUGCCAAGAAAGCCUAACAAGUUUGACCUGGGCCUGGGCACGUGGAGCCUUAGCUCCCAGGAGGAGAGCCAGAGGGCGCAGGGACCCCCGAAGAGUGUCCGCAAGCAGCUGCCUGAGUACAAGGCAGUAGUGGUGGGCGCCAGUGGCGUGGGCAAGAGUGCACUCACCAUCCAGCUGAACCACCAGUGCUUUGUGGAAGACCACGACCCCACAAUCCAGGAUUCCUACUGGAAGGAGGUGGCCCUGGGCCAUGGGGGCUGCAUUCUGAAUGUCCUGGACACGGCAGGGCAGGCCACCCAUAGGGCCCUGCGUGACCAGUGCGUGGCGAUCGGGGAUGGUGUGCUGGGGGUCUUUGCCCUGGAUGACCCCUCGUCCUUAGCCCAGCUGCAGCAGAUGCGGGCCACCUGGGGCCCUCACCACACCCAGCCCCUCGUCCUUGUGGGCAACAAGUGUGACCUUGUGACCACCACCGGAGAUGCUCAUGCCGCCGCUGCAGCCCUUGCGAAGAGUUGGGGGGCCCCCUUCGUGGAGACCUCAGCCAAGACGCGGCAAGGUGUGGAGGAGGCCUUCACCCUGCUCAUCCAGGAGAUCCAAAAGGUCCGGGAGGCCAUGGCAAAGGAGGCCGUGGCAGGGCCAGGUGGGGAGAAGGGCCGGCACGAGAAGGCCAUGUGCCACUGUGGCUGUUCUGUGGCCUAAAGAUCUUGGUCAAGAAAAGCGGCCCUCCCCCAGGCCAGGGUGGUGGUUUCUUGACAAGCGACCCGGGAGCAGCCAGCUGUGUGGGGACACUAUUGGUGUACUGGGGACAGAUGAAUCUCUCUCUCCAGGAGGUUUUUGUUUGGUGAUGGGUAUCUGGUAAUGUAAGGCAUAGUACUGGUUACUGUUGACGUAAGAGAUUUUGUGCAAAAAUAAAUGGUGUUCUCAGGUUUCAAAGCUG